CCAAGACAACAAAAUUGUUUACAAAAGGGCAGAGCUCUUUACAGCAGUUAUCAAUCCAACACUGAGGAGGAGCCAUGGCUGCUUCAACUGGACUCGGGUUAUCCUAUUCUUGGCCAUCGAAAUUGACCCACAACCACGUAUCGCCGCCCUCUCCCCGCCGCUGGAUUUCCUCCUCUUCUCCGUCCACAACCAUCAGGAUGGCGGUGUCGUCAGUUGACGAGAAGCAGAAAACUUUUACCCUCCAGAAAUCCGAAGAAGCUUUCAAUAAAGCGAAGGAGCUGAUGCCUGGAGGUGUGAAUUCGCCUGUACGUGCUUUCAAAUCUGUUGGUGGUCAGCCUAUUGUGAUGGAUUCUGUGAAGGGCGCGUAUAUGUGGGAUAUAGAUGGAAAUAAGUACAUUGACUAUGUUGGUUCCUGGGGCCCAGCUAUCAUUGGCCAUGCAGAUGAUGAGGUGUUGGCAGCAUUGGCCGAAACAAUGAAGAAGGGAACAAGCUUCGGUGCUCCCUGUCUCCUCGAAAACGCCUUGGCCGAGAUGGUCAUUGAAGCUGUUCCAUGUAUAGAAAUGGUUCGGUUUGUUAACUCGGGCACAGAGGCUUGCAUGGGUGUACUGCGAUUGGCUCGCGCUUUCACGGGACGAGAAAAGUUAAUCAAAUUCGAGGGUUGCUACCAUGGGCAUGCAGAUCCUUUUCUUGUUAAAGCAGGCAGCGGGGUUGCCACGUUAGGGCUUCCUGACUCACCUGGAGUUCCCAGAGCAGCAACGUAUGAAACACUCACUGCCCCCUAUAACGAUAUUUCGGCUGUAGAGAGCCUCUUUCAGGCCAACAAAGGGGAAAUCGCUGCCAUUAUUCUGGAGCCUGUAGUUGGAAACGCGGGCUUUAUUCCACCGAAGCCUGAAUUUCUCAACGCGCUACGCAAGAUCACCAAAGAGAACGAUACUCUCCUCAUCUUUGACGAAGUUAUGACUGGAUUUCGCCUGUCAUAUGGUGGGGCCCAGGAGUAUUUUGGCAUAACCCCUGAUUUGACAACGCUCGGGAAGAUCAUUGGUGGCGGCCUGCCUGUCGGGGCAUACGGCGGAAGGAGGGAUAUUAUGGAGAUGGUAGCGCCUGCUGGACCUAUGUAUCAGGCCGGGACGUUGAGUGGAAACCCAUUAGCAAUGACAGCGGGAAUCCACACGCUAAAGCGGUUAAAGGAGCCAGGAAGCUACGAGUACUUGAAAAACAUCACCGGUGAACUAAUCGAGGGCAUUGUGGAUGCAGGAAAGAAGGCUGGUCAUGCAAUUUCCGGUGGGUAUAUCAGUGGCAUGUUCGGUUUCUUCUUCAUGGAUGGCCCCGUUUACAACUUUGCCGAUGCAAAGAAUAGCGACACUGCGAAAUUCGGGAGGUUCUUCAGAGGAAUGUUAGAGGAAGGCGUCUAUUUUGCGCCUUCCCAGUUUGAAGCUGGAUUCACGAGCUUAGCGCAUACUCCCGAGGAUAUUCAAAACACGAUAGCUGCUGCUGAGAGGGUUUUCAAGAAACUCUGAUAUUUAUUGAUGCCUUUUCUCUUCAUCCUUUUGUUUAGGUAAGGAAACAACUUUGUUUGUUUGUUUGUUUGUUUGGAGGGACAGCAUUUUUGUAACCUAGAUGCUUGUAUCAUACCUUAAUGCUGAAAUUGUGGUCUUUUUGUUAUAAAUUUCCCCGUCACUCUUAACUUGUGUAAGCCUAAAUUGUUGUGUUU